AGCAGCCGCCACACCGCUUUACUGAGUCUCCACAGGCAGCUAAUGCAGCAGAGCACUUGGAUUCCAAGUGCUGCUCAAACCUGCCACUUCCUCAGCAAUUGUUUUAGGAUUCUGCGGCAGUACUCGAACAUAUUCUGCACAGGAUUUUGUGUGGGGAGUUCCUGACUGAAAGAUUGGCCCUUUUCACUGCAGAAGUGUUACGUCCACUGCGGAUCGGCAUGCUGAAUAAUCCUGCUGUCAAUGGGUGAGGACAUUGAUGCACGAAAAAUCAACAACAGCUUCCUUCGAGACCAUAACUAUGUGACAGAAGCUGAUAUCAUUUCUACGGUAGAAUUCAACCACACUGGAGAAUUGCUGGCUACAGGGGACAAGGGGGGUCGUGUUGUAAUAUUUCAGAGAGAGCAAGAGACGAAAAGCCAGCCUCACCACCAAGGUGAGUAUAAUGUUUACAGCACUUUCCAGAGUCAUGAACCUGAAUUUGAUUACUUAAAAAGUCUGGAAAUAGAAGAAAAGAUAAACAAGAUUCGGUGGCUGCCUCAACAGAAUGCAGCCCACUUCCUCCUCUCCACCAACGAUAAAACCAUUAAAUUGUGGAAGGUCAGUGAAAGGGAUAAGAGGCCAGAAGGUUAUAACCUCAAAGAUGAAGAAGGUAGAAUGAAGGAUUUAUCAACAGUUACAGUGUUACAGGUCCCAGUACUGAAACCUAUGGAUCUGAUGGUGGAGGUGACUCCACGGAAGAUCUUCGCUAAUGCUCAUACCUAUCACAUCAACUCAAUUUCAGUCAACAGUGACUGUGAGACGUAUAUGUCAGCUGAUGACCUCAGGAUAAACCUCUGGCACUUGGGAAUAACAGACAGGAGUUUCAACAUUGUAGAUAUUAAACCAGUAGACAUGGAAGAAUUGACUGAAGUUAUCACGGCAGCUGAGUUUCACCCUCAUCACUGUAACCUCUUGGUUUACAGCAGCAGCAAAGGAACACUGCGGCUCUGCGACAUGAGGACAGCUGCACUGUGUGACAAACACGCCAAAUUGUUUGAGGAGCCAGAGGAUCCCAGUAAUAGGUUCUUCUUCUCAGAGAUAACCUCUUCCGUGUCCGAUGUGAAGUUCAGUCACAGUGGCCGAUAUAUGAUGACACGAGAUUACCUCACUGUCAAAGUCUGGGAUCUCAAUAUGGAAACCAAGCCUAUAGAAACAUAUCAGGUUCAUGAUUACCUCCGGAGCAAGCUUUGUUCUCUUUACGAGAAUGAUUGCAUCUUUGACAAGUUUGAAUGUGCGUGGAAUGGCUCAGACAGUGUUAUUAUGACUGGUGCCUACAAUAACUUCUUCAGGAUGUUUGACCGGAACACAAAACGAGAUGUCACACUGGAAGCUUCCAGAGAGAACAGUAAACCACGGGCAGUGCUUAAACCACGCAGAGUCUGCACGGGAGGCAAGAGGAGAAAAGAUGAAAUUAGUGUUGACAGUUUAGACUUUAACAAGAAGAUCCUGCACAUGGCCUGGCACCCAACAGAGAACAUAAUAGCAGUGGCAGCGACAAACAAUCUCUACAUAUUUCAGGAUAAAGUGAACUCUGAGAUGCACUAGGUUUAUAAAUACCUUGGCGUAAUUAUAAACCAGCCUUUUUUUUCUGACCUUUCUGCCAAUGAUCUUCGCAAGGUUGAAUUCAUCUUAGUGGAAUUGUGGAGUGUGAUUUCUCAUUAAUAUGUAUCACUUGUCAGUAAGGAUUGAUUUUUGUCUGUCACUGGGGGUGAGCUGAGCACUUCAAAGGGGCAGGUGUGACUACCAUCAACACAGUUACACCUCUUCUCCAGCCAAUGGUUCGGGCUUCUUAGAUAAUUUACCGGUUGAAAUCUUUUUCACCUAACAUCUCCAAAUUAAUAGACAAAGACACAAACAGGAUCUAAUUACCAUUUAAUUCCUGAUACAUUUUUUGGUAUUUUUGGUGGAUUCAGAUGGCCAAGUAUCAGUAAAUAGUUUCAGCAGGAACCUGAAAGAUUAAAAAAAACAGUCUUAGUUGUGUCAGUCUGCCCACAAUCCAAUUUAACAGAUUGCUAGCCAAAUUUAUGGCAAUGUAAAAAAAAAUUGUUUUGGUUGUUAGAUAAUUUGAAACAAUAUGGUGGAAAUGUAUAGCUGGUCAGGCAGCAUCUGUAGGGAGAAGCAUAAUUAAAAUUUCAGGUUGUUUCAGCAGAAUAGUUAUCUGCUUUAAUCUCUGUAGGUGCUGCCUCUGUUUCCAGCAUCUUGUUAUUAUUUCAAACUUCUAGCAUCUGCAGUUUUUGCUUUUCUAAGGACAAAUGGAUUCCAAUAGUAUUCUCUUGCCAAUUAGCUUGAAUAUUUGGGUAAUGGUCCAUCGUUCCUUUCAGAUUGCUGAGAAUUGUUCGAAGCAAAGUAGGUUUGCUUAUUUGCACACUGAAAAUAUGAACCAAAAAAAUAACAAUUGCCGUCAGAUUUGGCAUAAAUGAUAGUAAUUUGGCAGUCUGAUUCAAAGGCAUUUAAGUUAAAAUCUGACAGUACAAGGAACAUUGUUUCGAAGUUGCAGUUGAGGUGAAAAUGUUAUGAAUAUUUCAUUGAACGUAAAUAAUUUUACAGCUGAUUCCAAAACCUUUUGUCAGGGUCACACUGCCAAAUGUGAAAAUUGUCCAUAAUUCAGCACUGCAUUGGGGGGAGAAAUCCAAGGUUAUGCAAUUUUAUUUCAAAAAAUAUCUUCAGAAUUUUGAAACAAAAAUCCUUACAUUAAUAAUUCUUCAAACAGCUGAAAAUCUACUUGGGCUCUGACCAAACGGAACCAUAGAAUGAAUUAUUAGAUAAACCGAGACUAAGCUGCAAUUUUUAGAAACUGUUUAAGUUGAAUUUUUUGUGACCUGUCAUAAAUUUUUAGAUGGCCUUCAAAGAUAUUAGGCGGAAUGUUAGAUAUUUGUACAGACUUCAGAAAUCGAGCACAUCAUUAUUUGGAAUAUCCCUGAUAUAACCAUUGCUCUCUGUAUUGAGUCUAAGGGCAAAAAGGAAGGUAAUGUUACUAUUUCAUUUUGCAGAUGCUUGAAAUAAAGCAGAAGGAUAAAGUAUCAGAUGAUAGUGCCUCUAUUGAACCUGUUGUGUGCUGACAAUACCAGUUUUUGUGUUAUGGUUAACCAGAUGAAAAGAUAAAAUAAUGAAAGUCAUUACAAUUUAAACACUAUUUAAUUCUCAUGUCCAUAGUUCAGCAUUGAAAAGCCACAAGACUUGCUGUGUUUUUAUAUUUUACUAAAUUUCUCAAUAACCUAAAAUGACAUGCUUAAAAGUGGACAGUGUUAGGUUGGGGAGGGUGGGGUGGGAGAGUGAUGGAUUGGGAAUGGAGGAUAAUGGGUGUUGUGAUGCAGAAGGCACAAGUACUUUGUCUUUAUUCUUAUCCUUUAUUAAAGAUUCUGAAAUAUCAUUGAGUUUUGGAGAUGUUCAUUGAGAAAAUUGGCCCUGAAUCAUAAAGCACAAUACAGUUUAAGUAAAUUGGUUAACGUUGUCAAAAUGUAAUGGAUGUGUGAAAAUUCAGUGUGUUCUGGUACUCUUUUUGACUCCCUGCUUCACUGAACAGACUCAUUAUCACUAACACUAACUUCUUGGAGAAAGAACUGAAUAAAAACUAUUAAAGAUUGAGGAGAUUGUAUUGAAUAUUAAAAAUAACCCACUAGAGCUUCAACUUGAAGCUAUUUUAAGAACUAACUUUGACAUUUGCUUGAAAAACAUAUCUCUUGAACCUGUUGCUUGUCUAUAUCCAAGUGAUGCUGGUAAAAAUAUUUGUCCAUGAGAGAGAGGAUCAGGUUUUCAAAUAAAAUCUAAUGUCAGCCACUGCAACCUUUACCUUUGCCUAAAUGUGUACUUUGCUAUUUAGAGCAUUAUUUAUGUGUACACAGCUCCUACAGAAAAGUAUCUUUCUUUACGCUGGCCACAGGUGCUGUAACUGGUUUUGAAGAGCUCCUGAGAAAUUUUUAAAAAACAGAUCCUUUUAUGACUGAUGUCAUUUGACAAUUUGAACAAGGUAUUACAGCAUGAAAUUGUGAUGUCUUGUAUUCAUAUUUUCAUCAGAGCUUCGUCCAGUGCUGUUGAAUAAUAUCAGCUGUGAACAAUAAUAUCUCUCCAUUGAAAGAACCUAUGAACUGUGCCAUGUGCCUUGCUUCUGUGUUGAUAUAUAUGAUGAAUAUAAUCUACUCAAUCCAUUAUCAUACUGUACAUUUUCUGAAUGUCAGUCUCAACUUACGAAACUUUAUACACAA